ACAGGCAUUGUCCAUGCUGCUUCCUGUGUUGUGGUUCCAUCAUGGCAGGCAUGGAAGUGCCUCUCACUGCAUCACCGCCUCAUGAUCAUUGAGAGCAUGGACACAGACACUGAGGCCCUAGUGGGUACGUGGACCUCCUCAAUGGACAGAUGGACAGAGGCUGGUGUGCUGGCUACAUGUAUCAGGAGCAAAUCUCAACCUUCUUCUCUGUUGUGGCAACAGGGAUGACAUAUGAGAUGGCCAUGACCAGCAUGCCCCUUCAGGUGCUGCGUCUGCACCUGCCACACAGUCCAUCCUCUGAGGCCGUUGUCCUGCUCAUCUUCCCAAAGCCUCAGCGUUAUGACACCUAUGUGGAUGGUGUCUUUGUUCCCCCAGCCAACCUCAACACCUCUGCAGCCGGCUACAAGCUGUUGCCUGAGAACCCCACCCAUCCUCAGGCUUUCCUUCCCAUGUUGGACAAUGCAAUGAGGACCAGCUUCUUCCAGCGCAGUGCUAAGCUGGUCCAUGUGGUGCUGUGCGAAGGCCACAUCCUUGACAUCAAGACCACACCCAUGAUCACCCUCACCAGUGGCCUCAUGGUGAAGGAAGAUGAAUUUUAUGAGCAGAACUUGGUGUUGAAUCUGGCCAGCCUGUUUGAGGUAUCCCCAAACAACAUCAGGGUCAUCAGUGUUAUGCAGGAGCUCUCCAAGAGACAGCAGGGAAGGCUGGAGGCUGAAGUGGCCAGUGCUCACACUACAAGCCUGAAUGGUGAGGAGGAGGAGGGAGCAAUUGGUGGGGAGGUGAUUCCCUACAAGAAGCUGGUGCAGAGUCUGGAGAAGGCCGUCAAUAGAUUCCAGGAUGGAUCAUGCAGCAACUGUGCUUCUCUCUCUUGGUAA